AUGAUUCCAUCGAACCAAUUUUCCAAUUUAAAUGUACUUCAAUUAAAUUUGAAUAACAAACAAUCGAUUAUUCAAUUAGAAGAUUUACCAAAUGAAGUAUUCUAUGUUUUAUUCAAUUAUUUGAAAAUUGAAGAUAUUUACAAAAGUUUUUUUGGACUUAAUUUGCGUUUUAAUACUUUAUUACAUUCGCUUUCAAAUUGUUAUCUUCGAAUUGAAUCAUCGACAAAAGUUAAUUUUAUUAAAAUGAUUGCUUCAAAAAUUCGUCAUUUACAUAUCGUACAAAAUGCUGUUUCAAUAUCACUUGCUCCAUUUCGUAAUACUCUUCAUUCUUUAAUCAUUGAUUCAUUAACAGAAGAAUACAUCGAUCAAUUACAUGCACUUAUUUAUCUGAAACAUUUAGAAAUACGACAUAUAUCCAAGAAGAGUAUAGAUCAUCUUCGGGAGGUGUUGUUUUUUUCACCUCAAAUAAGUCAUAUUGUCCUAACAUUCUGGUAUUCAAGUGACUUAGUGGCAGGUUAUUCAUUUUCCUACUCCAUUCCAUCUAUUCAUUCACUUUUUAUGUAUUCCCUAUCAAAUUUAAAUGAAUUUGCUUCUCUACUUGAUCAUUUACCUAAUCUGAUUCGCUUUCGCCUUCAUAUCGAUUACAUUGAAGUGCUUCCAACAGUUAAUAGUUCUGUGCCAAAUGCUCUCCGCAGUCUUUCCUAUUUUCAUUUACAAUUAAAAAAUGGUUUUACAUAUUCUCAAAUCGAUUUCUAUUUAACACAUACACCUUAUCUCAAAUCAUUUCGUUUUUGCACUGCACCAUGUCUUGUUUAUAGAAAUCAAGUGGGUCCAUAUGGUGUAUUGAAUUCCCUGGCUGACAUUAUUGAAAAACGUCUUUUCAUGAUUGAACAAUUUUCAUGUUUCAUUAUUUUUCACAUGAUUUCAAAUGAUCCCUUUGAUAUUACUAAAGUUCAUUCAAUAUAUAGUCAAAGUUAUUCAAUUAGACACAAAAACAAUAAAGAAAACUUUAAAUCAAAAUGGAUAAAAAAUUAA